CUCGCACCUGCCCCCCCCCCCCCCGGGGGGCCCGCGCCGGGCACCGGCCGCCGCAUGGAGGGGCGGGCCGCGCCAGCGCGGCCGCAGGCGGCGAAGGCUCGCCGAGAGGACCCGGCCGCCAGGGCGCUGCCCCCGGAGCUGGGCCAUGAAGCGGCGGCGGGGCGCGCCCGCGGGCGCAGCGCCGCGCGGGCGGUGCGGGAGGUCGCCGCGGGCAGGCGGCGAGGACGCCGCUGCGCCGGGGCCGCCGGACAGCGACGAGGACGCGGCGAUGGCGCCGGAGAGCGAGGAGAGCCUGCAGGCGGAGCGCGCCCAGGCCCUGCGGCUGCUGGAGCAGGUUCUGCAGCGCGACGCCGCCGCCAGCUCCAAUGAGGAGGACGAGGAGGAGCUGGCCGCGGACCCAAGGAGCCGCAAGGCGGCCGAGGGGCCCCAGAGCAGGAAGGUCUUCGUCGGGGGCCUGCCGUGGGCGGCUGACCCGAACGAGGUGGAGGCGCACUUUGAGAAGUGCGGAGAUAUCGACAGUUUCAACAUGCCGGUGAAUAAGAAGACGAACGCGCCCAUGGGCAUCGCGUUCAUCAUCUUCUCGAGCGCCGAGGGCGUCGCGAGGGCCCUGGAGUGCAACGGCACCCAGUACGGCGGCCAGCGUUUGCGCGUCGCCGUUGCCGAGCUCGACACCCCGCGGGGAGGCGACCGCUCGCAGGCGCACGCGGCGCCUGGCCGCGGCGGCCGCGGCCAGUUCCCCGGGAGAGGGCCAGGCCGCGCUGGCCCCCGCGGUGGGCGAGGAGGGCGCGGCGAGUUCCCUGGCCGCGGCUGGCGCGGCUGAGUCGCGUGAGCCCGCCGCCGCGGCGCGCUUGCGCGGGCGGCCGCGGCCGCGCCUCGGGGCUCGGCUGAGGCCCCCCCAGCCAGCCCGUGCCCAUCCCGCGCGCGAGGACGGCUGCGGUGCGCGUCGCCUCCCUCGGGUCCUCCCU